UUAAGGCGUAAGUUUCUCUUCUCUGACCCUUUUGUACAAUUAUUUUCUUUUAUCUAUUUUCAGCUCAUAUCUGAAUCUUGAAAAAUAGAAAAAGGUGGGAUUUUUGGGUUGUUGUGAAGGAUAAAGAUUUGUUCUUGGAAGUCUACAGAGAGAAGCAAUAAAUUGGGUGUUGAGUGUUUUGUUGGGAAACUCAAUAAAUACUCAGAUUUCUCUGCUUUUUGGUUCAUUUUGAGGAAAAGUUUUUGCUGAUUUGAUUUGGGGAUUAUACUGGUGUAUGUUGCUAUUACUGUUUCAAAGUUUGCAACUUUGUUUUUGGGACUUUCUUGGGUAGCUCUUUGAAUUUGCUUAGAAUGAUUUCUGGAGGGUUGUUGUGUUUGAGACUUUGAGCUCAAGGUUAAUGUGUUGAUUGAAGUUCAUUGAUGGUUUGACAAAGAGAAGUUAUUCUAGGUAAAGCAACAUUUGGAGUUCUGUUACUGUAAACAAGUAUUCAGAUGGAUAAUCCGAAUCGGCCUAACAAUCGGAAUCUUGAUUAUUUGGGUGUGAAUAAACUUGGGAAGAAUAUAAAGAAAAGUCCCAUACACCAACCCAACUUUAAUAAUGCAAAUAGUGCUAAUAGACAACAACCUCAACCUCAAGUUUAUAAUAUCAACAAGAAUGAUUUCCGGAGUAUUGUGCAGCAAUUGACUGGUUCGCCAUCUCAAGAACCUCAGCCUAGACCUCCUCCUCAUAAUCCACCAAAGCCUCCAAGUAUGAGAUUGCAAAAGAUUCGGCCUCCCCCUUUGGCACCAAUUAAUCGUCCCCGAAUUCCCAUGCACCCCCCAGCACCGAUGCCAGCCCCUGGUCAACCUGCAGGUGGUGUUGCAUAUAAUAACAAUUUUGCGAGGCCUCCUCCUCCUCCCCAGUAUGGUCAGCCAUCUCCCCCUAUGUUGCCACCGUUUAACCCUGGUGAUGUCUGGGCUAAUACAGCUGAGUCUCCAAUCUCAGCUUAUAUGCGUUACCUUCAACAUUCGAUAAUAGAUCCAGGGCCUAAACAAACACAAACACAUCCUUCGUCAUCCGGUUUACUUCCUAAUCCUUCAAUGCCACCUCUUCCAUCUCCUAGAAUGAAUGGUCCGCCGCCACUCCUCCCAUCUCCUAGAAUGAAUGGCCCGCCGCCACUCCUCCCAUCGCCUAGAACAAAUGGUCCACCUCCUCUCCCAUCCCCGCGAAUGAAUGCUCCACAUCCUCCUUUUCCAUCUCCUAGGAUGAAUGGUCCUCCUCCACCUCUUCCAUCUCCUAGUUUUUUUCCGUCCCCCACUUCUCAGUUCCUUUUGCAAUCACCCACUGGCUUCUUUAACAUGUUAUCUCCUCGAUCACCUUAUCCGUUGCUUUCUCCAGGUGCGCAGAAUGCUCCACCAUUCUCUCCGAAUUUCUCCUUUUCUCACAUGGCUCAGCCUGGGAUUUUAGGCCCUGGACCACAAUUUCCCCCAUCUCCUGGUUACUUUCCAUUAUCACCCUCGGGAUUCUUCCCCAUGACAAGUCCAAGAUGGAGGGAUCAAUAGUGCUAGGAAAAAGCUACUGACUUUGGACAGCUCCAGUGACUGAAUUUGGUUUGAGGUAUUUCGUGGUGGAAAUCUUCUCCAAAUUGAAGCUUUAUACCUGUUGAGAUACAAUGUACCCUAGCUAAACGUAAGAGGUCUUUUUAGAAAUUUGUAUUUAUUUUUGUUCCUUUUGUUCAUUAUUAUUUUGUUAACACACAUUGCCAUCUGUAGCUGAUUUAUCUCUUUAUUCACUUAGUACUCGGCAAUGUAGUUAAUUAGGCAACUCAAAAAGGGCCGUAACUUGUUAGAUGUUGUUUAAAGUGAUCUAUAUGUAGGAUACAUGCAGGAAAGAUUCUUGUAUUCUUGUACUUUCACAUUUGGAAUCAAAUACUUAUAACUUUCUUCA